CAUUGACGCCACCACCAACCCCCGAAUCUGACUCCUCUUCCCCGCAAAUUCCUCACCAAACCACCCAAAAGGACUAAACCCUCCUCUCCACGAUGUCCGCCGCCGCCACCGCCGGCCCCAACUCCAUCCUCCUCCACCGGCCCACCUCGGCCGGGCCCGCCGUCGCCUCCUCCAUCCGCCUCCCCGCACGCGCAUCCAAGGUCUCCUGCGCCGCCGUCGCGGCGCCCUCCUCCCCCCAUGCCCUCACGGGCGCCGGCGAGCGCGGGGUGUACAACUUCGCGGCGGGGCCGGCCACGCUCCCGCUCUCCGUGCUCCAGAAGGCGCAGGCGGAGCUCGUCGACUACCGCGGCUCCGGGAUGAGCAUCAUGGAGAUGAGCCACCGCGGGAAGGAGUUCGACGCCGCCAUCAAGAAGGCCGAGGCCGACCUCCGCGCGCUGCUCGCCGUGCCGGACACCCACGAGGUGCUCUUCCUCCAGGGCGGCGCCACCACCCAGUUCGCCGCCGUGCCGCUCAACCUCUGCGCCGGCGCCUCCGACCCGGUCGACUUCGUCGUCUCCGGAUCCUGGAGCGACAAGGCCUUCAAGGAGGCCAAGAAGUACUCCGCCGCCUCCGUCGCCUGGUCUGGCAAGGACGGCAAGUACACCGCCCUCCCGCAAUUCGACGCCAUCAAGCAGAACCCGGAGGCGAGGUUCCUCCACAUCUGCUCCAACGAGACCAUCCACGGCGUCGAGUUCAAGGACUACCCGGAGCCCAAGAACAAGUCCGGCAUCCUCGUCGCGGACAUGUCCUCCAACUUCUGCUCCAAGCCCGUCGACGUGUCCAGGUUCGGCAUCAUCUACGCCGGCGCACAGAAGAACGUCGGCCCCUCCGGCGUCACCAUCGCCAUCGUGCGCAAGGACCUCGUCGGCAACGCGCAGCCCAUCACGCCGGUGAUGCUGGACUACAAGACGCACGCCGACAACGCCUCGCUCUACAACACCCCGCCCUGCUUCGCCAUCUACAUCUGCGGGCUCGUCUUCGAGGACCUGCUCGCGCAGGGCGGCCUCGCAGAGGUGGAGAAGAAGAACCAGCACAAGGCUGGCAUCCUGUAUGACACCAUUGACGCCAGCGGCGGGUACUUCAUCUGCCCGGUAGAGAAGUCUGUCCGGUCACUGAUGAACGUGCCGUUCACGCUGGCCAAGGGAGCAGACUUCGAGAAGCAAUUCAUCGCCGAGGCAGCCAAGGAGGGCAUGUUGCAGCUCAAGGGACACAGGUCGGUCGGCGGAGUGCGUGCUUCCAUCUACAAUGCCAUGCCGCUCUCUGGCGUUGAGAAGCUCGUCACAUUCAUGAAGGAUUUCCAAGCCCGGAACCCUUGAUUUACCCGCGGCCAUGAUACUCUGGUAUCGCUUCAGUAGGAUGGUUUGCUGUUCUUCAUAACAUAAGCAUGCUCUCUGCAAGAGCUGCAUCGUCUCGCAUAUGUGAUUUCCGAUCCUCUGUAGUAUUAUGGUGACUGUUUUGCAAUGCUGCUGCAUUUUUUCCUGUUUGCGAGAUCUCAUUUCCAUUGCUCAACAUAGAGAUUGGAAAAUAUCGUAUUGGGGAAUAAAAGGUUUGAUGGUCAAUUGUCCUGAGAGUAGCUUACGCAGCUGUAUGAUUCUAAUCACAGCUUAUGUUACAGUGGCCAGUUUCAAGUUUGGUUGCUUUUGUCCUCUCAACACAAGCAAUGUUUUUA